GGUACCUCAGUGUCAGUUGAUAGUCAGUACGGUGCUGAUCAGUACACAUGAGGUAGUGUCAGCUUAAAGGCAUCAUUGCUGAGAAUUUAAAUGAAGAGUGCUCCAAGACUACGAAAUGCCUAAGUCGUUCUCCCCCUCCUCGCCCCCGCCUUACGACCUACACAACUUCGACAAGACAGCGAGCACAAUACAUCUCACAACAAAUGAAACCACGCAAAGCAAAGAUAAACUUAGGGAGAAGAAUGCCGAAAGAGAAGGAUCUCUAAGAACAUCGGACUUUGGCGCGUUGCUGCACGUCGUCAAGAGCAGUCUUGGCUCUGGAUUCCUGGCGAUGCCUUCUGCCUUCCACAACAUUGGCCUCUUGAUGGGGUUCACAGGCACAGUUCUGGUGGCCCUAGUGUGUACUCAUUGUACCUACAUUGUGGUGAAAUGUUCCCAAGAGCUGUGUUAUCAACAAGGCAAGCUCGCGAUGAGCUACACAGAAACAGUGGAGGCGGCGUUCACAAUUGGAGCGAAAGGUCGUUUUCAAAAAUGGAGCAAACUCAUGACGUAUGUGUCAAAUUUCUUCUUAUUCAUCACCUACUAUGGGGUGAACACUGUGUAUGUGAUCCUCAUCGCAUCUUCGUUCAAACAGGUGCUGGAAAACCACCUGGACUACACGAUGAACAUCAGGUGGUACGCGCUGAUCCUGCUGGUCCUGCUGCUGCCCAUCGGUAUCGUCAGACACAUCAAGUUCCUCGUGCCGUUCAGCGCGCUGGCCAACCUGUUUCUGCUGAUCGGCUGCACACUGACGCUCUACUUUUGUUUCAUCGACAUGCCGCCGCUGUCGUCGCGGCCUCUGGUCGUUGAAGUAACGAGGUGGCCUCUCUUCUUCUCUACAGCUCUGUUCGGAAUGGAAGGCAUUGGAACUGUUAUGCCGAUAGAGAAUGCAAUGCGAUACCCGUCUCAUUUCCUCGGGUGUCCUGGGGUGCUCAACUUGGGUAUGAGCGUCGUCGCCACGGUGUUCCUAGUCAUGGGUGCCAUAGGUUAUAUCAAGUACGGAGACCUCGUCCAGGGAAGCAUCACACUAAACCUGCCACAAGAUCCACUAUCUGAGGCGGUGAAGAUCUUAGUCGCGCUGGCCAUUCUCUUGACCUACCCUCUACAGCUGACUGCUUCUAUGGAAGUGGUCUGGCAGCGAGCAUCCAAGUGCUUUUCUGAGAAGAAGCAGGAUCAAGGCUACUACAUUGUACGAUCUCUUAUGAUCAUCGGAACAGUGGCUAUUGCCAUUGCCGUGCCUAACCUGAGUCCAGUGUUGUCCCUGGUCGGCGCCAUCGGCUUCUCCGGCCUCGGCCUCCUCCUGCCCACGAUCACAGAGCUGGUCACCUACUGGGACGUCAUCUCCAAACCCUUCGGACUGACCAUCAUCAAGGACGCCGUCAUCAUCCUCAUUUGGGCAUUUGCCACAAUCUUCGGCACCAUCACUAGUGUACAGGAGAUAAUUGUAGAAUAUAACAUUUCUAAGUAGU